AUGGAAUCAAGCAAAAAUAUAAUUGGACAGGAUGCCCAAGCCAAAAAAUUAUCCCGUUCAAAGUCCACCUCAAAUAAAGUUAAAAAUAACAAACCGUCUAGUAUAGUGACCUCAAAUUUAUCAAAUAUCAGUAAAUCCAAGGUUGAUAAACCAAAAUCUCCCAUCUUAUCAAAGGAUGUCUCUUCUUCAAGAAACGUUGAAAGAAAAAAGUCCAUCAGUGGCGCCCCUUCUACGAUCAGCCCAUUGAAUAGGAAUAAAAGUGUUCAAUCAAUUUCGACGACGAUGACGAGAAAACAAAAGGUUGGAACGAGUUCUUCAAACGUGUCUGCCUCCGAUGAAUCCGGUCCCAAUAAUCUGUUGGAUAGAAGGCCUUCCGCUCCUCCAAAAUUAAAUUUGGCAUUUAAAAAUCAUCGUUCUGUUGCCGCUUCCCAACAAACUUCCCCAAAUGAUUCUUCGAGCAAGAAUUCUUUGGGUAAGGUUUCUCCGAGCGUAGCUAUUUCUCCUCCACUUAUGUCCCCCAAAAUAAGGGAAUUACGAAAAUCCGAACCCUUUCAAGCAAAACCUUCCGGCAAAGAAACUUCCUAUGACGAUUCUUCAACCGUUUCGUCAUCAAGGGUCAAUAAGAAUAAUAAGAAUAAACUUUCCCCAUUUACCUCAAAGUCACGUCGUGUUCCUGCAAAAAAUCUUGCCAUAAAGAAACCUUCCGUCUUAUCUUCUUUGCCUAAAGCCGAAUUAAAUAAAGAAUUGUUGGCUAGGUUGGAACAUCAAAAUUCUCAACUUCCUCCUCAGGAUUCGACUCAAUUCUUAUUGGCACGGCUUGAAAGGCAAAAUGACAUGUUGGAUAACGAUCCAAAAUCGGUAUGCAUCGAAUCCAACGUACUUAAGGCCAACUUGGAGGUCGUGCAAUCAUUAAUUGAUGACAUCACAAGUCCAUUAGCUGAUGCUUCGGGUUCCGAAGAUCCUUCCUCUUCUCCUUCGACCACCAAGAAACAUCGCGAUUCGAACGACGAAGAAACGAAGAAGAUCGAUUGGGAUUUUUGGACGGCGUUGAUUCAAGAUUACGCUGCCGUUGCUACAAAAUUGCCUCACCUGUUGUCUGCAAAGUUACAACAAGGCUUACCCAUGAAAUUAAGAGGAUUGAUUUGGCAAUCAAUGAGUCAGGCUUCUUCGACUUACUUGGAAACCAUGUAUAGUCAAUUGUUAUCAGAAUCGUCGCCUUAUGAUAGAAUUAUUCAACGUGAUCUUGCUAGAACUUUUCCCACCGUGGAAAUGUUUAAAGAGGAGAAUGGCCGUGGUCAAACCAUGCUUUGGAAUGUCUUGAAAGCUUAUAGCUUAUAUGAUCCUUUAGUUGGUUACUGUCAAGGCCUUGGUUUCUUGGUCGGACCUUUAUUAAUGAAUAUGAGCGAAGCUCAAGCCUUCUGCGUAUUUGUUCGGUUGAUGGAAACAUAUGAUAUGCGUACCAUGUUUACGUUAAGUAUGGAAGGUCUUCAACUAAGACUUUAUCAGUUCUCUUGUCUUCUCUUACAAAUCAUUCCAAGCUUGCACUCUCAUUUCCGUCUUCAUGGGAUUCACGAAGCUAUGUUCGCAUCACAAUGGUUCCUUUCCUUGUUCGCUUAUACAUACCCUCUUCCUUUGGUAUUCAGGAUAUAUGAUGUGGUGUUUGCUGAAGGUGCACCUGAAACCAUCAUGCGAGUCGCCAUAGCAUUAUUGAAAAAGAAUGAGGAAAAAUUAUUAGAAUUGGGAGAAUUCGAAGAAUUAUUGGAUUUCUUGACUUCGAGAUUAUAUGAUACCUAUAAUAAUGAGCCGACUGGUUUAAUUCAAGAUGCCAUGGAAUUGAGUUCCGUCAUUACAAAGAGUAAAUUGGAUCAAUUAUCGGAUAAUUAUGUAAACGAUAUAGAAGAUCAAAAGAAACGUACGGAAGAAUUGGUCUCCGUCAGAUUUAAUGGUAGAUUCGGUCGAUCAAAGAAAGAUAAAAAGAAGGAUGAAUCAAAGAGAGAGAAACGAUCCGGUGAUGGAAAAUCGAAGCGGUGGUCAUUUAAUGCUGCUUCAUUACCAAAUUCAAGACAUUCUAUCGCUACGAUGCAAAAUUUAAUUAGGUCGAGUUCCACAUCGAGUGACAUUUCCACGUCGUCCGAUAAUGAAACUCCGAUCCCAAAGACACCAUUAACUCCAAGCUGCUUCUCGAGUAGUGCUAGCAUAGGGGUAUUACAUCAACAAAUUGAGGAUUUAGUGACGGCUCUAUCACACUUGCAGAAAGAACAUGCCGAUAUGACGGAUCAACUGGUAAACAUCAAAAUGGAAAAAAUGGAUUUGGUGAAUGAAGUGGAAGGAUUAAAUAACCGAUUAAGAGGAUUGGAAAAGGAAAAUAAGAGGACGUCAACGUCCUCGAUGGUCUCAGUAGAUUCUUCAAUGACAUUGAGUAACGAUGAGGGUUUCGAUUCCGGAAGAACCACUAGGAUCGCUUCUCCAAUCACUCCAAAUCCAGAUCAAAAGAGCGGAUAUGAUCACGUGAAAAAUUUAGUGCAUUACAUCGGAUCCAAGCUCGAUCUUUCGGAGAAUGAAAUAUUGAAAAUGAGAAGAUCAUCGGCCCCGGCGAUUUCUCUUACAGAAUCCCAAUUAUCAUUGAUAUUGAAUAACAACAAUGCUACCGAUUCCACAAGUGUUGUAUCAAAGGAUAAAACUUUUGGUUUGACCGGAGAAUGGAAUGAUGAGAGUAAAAAGCAGAACGCUUUGGAAUUAGCUCUUACCGAAGAAUUGAUUCAAGUUAAACGAGAGAAAUUUGAUUUAAUGUUGGAAAAUCGAGAAUUGGUAAAGAGAAAUAGUGAGUUAGAAAAUGCUUUAGAAAAUUCUCAUCAACUUCAAAAAUCAUCACAAGACAAAAAUACCUUUUUAAGUAAGGAAAUUGAGAGAUUAGAUGAGGAAGCCGCACAAGCAUUAUAUGAACAAAAUUCAAUGAGAGAAGAAAUUAAAGCUGUAAAACCUCUUCGAAUUGAACACAUCCGUGCUAACAGAGAAAACGAAAAACUGAAACAAGAAUUAGAAAAUGUUGAGACAAGGUUGAGGCAAUAUGAACCUGAAUAUGUUGGAAAUAAUGAUUGGGUUAUAUCGAUGGAAGAAAUAGACGAAAUUAUAUCGUCCACCACGCCAAAAUCUUCGAGAAGAGUUAGUUUCUUAAAUUUCUUUGGAGCCACAACGCCAACUGGAUCAAAUGGAGGUUUUAUAUUUCCUUCUUGUACAAUAGAGAGUUGUACGUCAACAAAAAAAUGUGAUGAUUUAGAAAAAAUGUUGAAGCAUGUUAAAAAGUUAUUGGUUGAAAGCGAAGCUGCAAGAGGUCAGCUUAGCUCUCAUAUAGACGAUUUAAAUAGUAUGAUUAACGGAUUUGAUAAUUUGUAUGAUGAUGAUAUAUUUCAAUCCGUUGGAGAAAGUGAAAAUUCUUUUCAAAACAAACCUAAAUCUGAAAAAAGGUUAUCUACGAGUUUAGCUGCUUUCUUUGGAGCUGCUUAA